AGGGUCUUAAGGGAAGGUCUUCCUCCUUGGCUGGAGGGAACAUGGCAGGGAGCAGAGGAGUGACCCUGUUCGUCCUGCUGCUGUCCUGCUGGCGAGAAGCCAGGCUCCAACCCAUCAACAUGACUUCAGAUGAAAUUCUAGUCCAAGAGAUGUUGGACCCAAAUAAAUCAUCAAUGGCUGGAAAGCAAAGGACACCAUCAACAUUACCAACAAAACUGUUCACAGAAAAAAAUCCCAUCCUGGACGAGAAUUUCCAAGUUGGUGCUCCUCAGAGUUACCAUGGACUCUCCGAUAACCCACAGUUGUCUCUUGGCAGUGAAGACAAAAUUUUCAAUAAUGAACCCAGCAUUGAUGAGAGUUAUCAGAUCGGCGGUCCUGAGGGUUUUGGCGAGUCCCAGUUUUCUGGCGUGGAUUUUGCGGCCAGUGAGAAAGUGGCCAUCGGACAACAACUCCAGCAGAACUCAGACCCUCCACCUGCAGCCCGCAACACCCAUGCUGCCCCCCCGAGGUCGGAGCGCCUGGGAGGCCCGCGACAGGCAGCCCCGGAAGCUCUCUUUGCCACAUCUACUGUGAGGAUAAAGACCAUUCUCAGCAAUCAGACUGUCGACAUUCCAGAAAAUGUCGACAUCACCCUGAAGGGAUGCACAGUUAUAAUGAAGGGCCCCAGAGGAACCGUGCGAAGGGACUUCAAUCACAUCAACGUAGAACUCAGUCUUCUUGGAAAGAGAAAGAAGAGGCUCCGAGUGGACAAAUGGUGGGGGAAUAGAAAAGAACUGGCUACGGUUCGCACCAUCUGUAGUCACCUACAGAACAUGAUCAAGGGCGUUACACUGGGCUUCCAACACAAGAUGAGGGCUGUGUAUGCUCACUUCCCCAUCAACGUUGUUAUUCAGAAGAAUGGUUCUCUUGUUGAAAUUCGAAAUUUCUUGGGUGAAAAAUACAUCCGCAGGGUUCAGAUGAGGCCAGGUGUUGCUUGUUCUGUAUCUCAAGCCCAAAAAGAUGAGUUAAUUCUUGAAGGAAAUGACAUUGAACUUGUAUCGAACUCAGCUGCUUUGAUUCAGCAAGCCAUAACUGUUAAAAACAAGGAUAUCAAAAAAUUUUUGGAUGGUAUCUACGUUUCUGAAAGAACAGUUCAGCAGGCUGAUGAAUAAGAUCUGAGUCGUCCAUCUGCAGAAACAGC